AGCAACUCAAGCCGUGAACGAAACAAUAACUUAUGACAUCGUGAGCAACCAUACAAACCUCAAGCAAAAUAGUAAAUCACUAAAGUUCCUCUAUGCAAACAUACGGAGUAUCGUGAAGCCAGGAAAACUAGACGAGCUCAGAUGCAUCAUUAAUUCUACGCCACAUCAGAUACAUGUUAUAAUAUUAACAGAAACCUGGAUAAAAUCUGAAUCAGAAGCCCAGAGUAUACAGCUGCCGAAUUAUACCCACUAUUAUAAUUACCGGAGAGAUGUGUUGGGGGGUGGUGUUUCGAUCUUCGUACACAAUAACCUUAAUCAUAGUUGCAUUGAUGAACUUUGUGAGAAUGACAACCACUUCUUGUGGGUGCACAUAGGCAAAUUCUCCUUGGACAUAGGUGCUGUUUACAAACCUGAGAGGACCAACAAUCUUAACUUUCUUGAAUCCUAUUCGCGGCAGAUGCUUAAGCGAAGGAGGGCAUUAGUAUUUGGAGACUUUAACUACGAUUUACUUAAAAGAAGUAAACCCACCAGAGAUUACCGAGAAAUGUUAAAGGAGGAUGGUUUUAUUAUACUUAAUCAAAUUGAUCCCAAAUAUUGCACACGAGAGACAGCAACUUCAAAAACGAUCCUGGACCACGUUUGCUCAAACAUUAAAAAUAACACCUUUCACUUAACUAUUAUAGAGUCGGUAAUAUCAGACCACAAGCACAUUGCAUUGGAAGUGAACAGAUUUGAACCAGAGAGGACCAAGAGAGUUGAGUAUCAAGCCAUUAAUUAUAGCACACUAUUUGAUGAAUUAAAGUCCGUGAAAAUAGACGAGUGUAAUGGUGAAUAUGAGAAAUUAGAGGAAAAACUACUUGAAUCUGUGAGAAGAAGCAAAAUAAAUAAGACUAAGAUGAUAAACCCUCCAAAAAUGGACUGGAUCAACAAGGAUAUAAUUAAAGCUAUCAGUAAGAGAAAUGAGCUUGGAUAUGACUACAUCAGAGCACCAGAUGACGAAGCUGCAAAAGANAGCGCCAAAAAUAAGCCCAUAUCUGAUUUCGAGCCUCUCAGCAUAAAUAAUGAACGUUUGACCCAAGUGGAUUCUGAAAAAUACCUCGGACUCAUACUUGAUAGUCGAUUAACUUGGAAACCACAGAUCGAAAAAACCCGAGCAAAAUUAUCAAACCUAAUGUCUGUCCUGCGCGAGAAAUAA